UGGAAAGUUUUCUCAAUCUCAGAGUGGUCGUUCUCUCAAUCUCUAUUUGGUCGUUCUCCAAUCGCGCCAUCACCAACAUUGCUCCCGUAGCUCACACUAGCAGGUAAAUGAAUCUUAUAGCUUCCUUACCUUGAUUUUGUAUUCCAAUCUAGCUAGUGAAGAUUAGAGAGGGAAGAGCUCAUUUAUGGAAUUCAGGGGUAAUGACGAAGAACUUUCUUCCGCUUCAUGGAGAGGGGAAGAAGAGGAUAAGUUUAAAGACGCAAAAAUGAAGGUCACCAGCUAGCAACUUUGGAAAAUCUCAUCACAUGAUUCCGAUUCCGAUGAUUCGCUUAGAUCCCGAACUCCGUUAUAGUUUCCAGCGUAACUUCUAGGUCUCUCUUUCACUCGCUCUAUCUCUUUCUACAUUAUUAACGAAUAUGUUGCAGUAAUAUGUUGAUUUAGGAUAUUAAUUGUUGUUAGAGGGUAUGAAAUUGACAAAAUAUGUUGAUCCAAAACCCUCCCUUGCUGUCCCUUCCGUCUGAAACCCUUUCCGAAGCCGCUUCCCUCCUACAGCUGUUGUUGCUUCCAGUUUCAGGGAGAGUAGACCAGGGAAAGCAUAUGGAAAACAGAGUUGUUUUCAAUCCAACAUUCCCCCUAAAUCUAUGCAGUGUUAUCUUGUCCUCCAUUGUGAUGAUUUCAUAUCAAAAACAUGAAGUUAAGUUUCUCAAAUGAGUUUUGGAGUCUUUUAUUCUGUUUAGCAAUGAGAUUCCGAAAUUGAUUUACAAUCUUUUAUUUUCUUUUGAAGCUAGUUAACUGGAUCAAUCGUUUCGUUAAAUCUGUUUUGUGGAUGUUCGAGUGGGCUGUGGAACUACCCGAUGAGUUACGCGAUGCGAGAGAGUGAUAAUAUUGAAUCUUUAGCGAGUAGAUUUGGGGUUAGUAUGGCUAGUAUUGAAUCUGUUAAUGGAAUUGUUAAUUCUGAUAAUGUUAUUGUUGGAUCUAUUUACUAUAUUCCUUUAAAUUCAGUUCCUGGUGAUCCAUCAUAUCCUGCAGAGAGCGUUGUUCCUCCAGCUCCUACUUCUACUCUAGCACCGCCUGUUCAUGAUGUUGCCUGGUAACAUGGAUUGGAGUAGUUGAAUUUGUCAAAUGAAGGAGAUUUUCUUCAUCAAGUAUUGACUGUAACUGGAGAUUUUUUUGUGCUUCAGGAAGAGGACACGAUAAUCUGUUCAAAAUGCUAUAAGAAUGGGAACUAUGGGGUGAACAGAGAAAACUGAAGCAAAAGUCCAAGACAAUGAGCUUGAGCAUAAGGGUGAACAGAAUGGAGAUACUGAGAUGGAGACACCAACUCUGAAGAGAAGACGAAGUGCUUCACCUUCAGACAAUAGGGGUGCAUUGAUGGAACAGUUUGUUAUCAGUUCCUCUUAUGUUGAAUAUCAACUUUCUGCAAACUUGGUAGCUCUCAUAUCCUCUUUAGUUGGUCCACAUAUCACUGCCUCUGCGGCCUCUACUGCCAUCACAGCACUCUGUCAUGAAAUCCAAUGUCCAAAUGAGAUAUUUGAUGGUGAUGAUAGUGGCGAUCAUGUCUUAGGUUCUUCUCCUGAAGACAUCCUUGAGAGAGAAUACCGGGAUGAAGGUACAGAGGCUGGUGGAGGUCUUGGUGAGUUAGACAAAAAGAACCCCACACUAGUGUCUCCAUUAGAAUGUCGAAUGUUGGUUCUCAACUCAAUUGCUCAAUCACAUUGUCUGUGCUAUGUGAUCUCGAUGGACUUCAGAUAUUAUCGAUUAAUGGAAAUGAAUAUGGUUGAUUUGGUUCUUAAUGAUUGUGUAUUGUUUAUUUAUCUUACUUCCUUUGGCAUAUGGAGUCUUGAAUAUACUGAAGAAGAAAGAUGGUGAAGGUGAUCUCACACUUCUCCAUCGUCAUCUCCGGUUCAAACAAUGUUAAUUCACCUCUGAGUGGAAACAGAGGACAGAGAGCUUCUAGCGGCGGGGGAGGAGGAAGUCGUCUUCUUUCCGUUUCAAAAGACACCGAUGAAUUCGUAGCUUACACAGUUCACAUUCCGCCGACACCCGACCGAGGAACGACAUCGGAAUCUCAGAAUAGUCCGUUGGAGAGCAGAAAGAGUGCGGCCGGAGGACCCCACAUCGGGUCUUAUGUAAAGGAUACGCUUUAUACCGGCGGGUUCAAUUCGGUGACACGUGCCCACGUAAUCGAUUCAUCUAUCAACGAUGGAGAAGAGAUUGGGAAAUCAGAAUUGAUUUGUGAAAUCGAAGGUUGUGAUGAUAAUGCACAGGAUAAGAAUUGGAAAGGUCAGUGUGAAUGUGGGUUUAGAAUUUGGAAAGAUUGUUAUUUGGAUUGUAUUUCUAAUGGUACUGGAUAUUGUAAUGGUUGUAAAGAGGCUUAUAAGGAUUUAACCGAUUAUGAAACCUCUGAAUCUUCUAGUUCUGAUACUGAGAAUUUAUUAAUUUUGUUAUAAUUAGUAUAAAAUAAUUUUUCUUAA